UCUUUCUGUCGCCUGUGCAGGUGUUGAAGAACCCAAUAGUGUUCAUGGUGAUAAUAGGAAUCAUCUCCCACUUUGCUCUGGGCCAGCACAUCCCCGCUGUGCUGGCAGAGUUCAUCGAUGGCUUGGCGAACUCGUUCGGAGGGGCGGCCUUGUUUUACCUCGGACUCACUAUGGUCGGACAGCUUAGAAAACUAACCAGAGACACGGGAGUGGCCUUGAUUCUACUCAUCACAGCCAAACUCCUGGUGAUGCCGCUGGUCUGUAAAGACAUGGUGGAUAUUCUGGACGUAGGAGUGAACAGCACCAGUGCCAACCACACCAGUUUGUCUAACUUUGCGUUCCUGUAUGGAGUCUUCCCGACCGCACCUAGUGUGGCCAUCUAUGCUGCACACUACAACAUCGAGCUAGAGGUGGUGACAUCAGGAAUGGUGAUCAGUACGUUUCUGUCUGCACCCAUCAUGUACGUGUCGGCCUGGUUAUUAACGAUCCCUCUGAUGGACCCGACCCCCCUAGUGACAGAGCUUGAAAACGUCAGCUUCAACAUCAGCAUCGUCAGCCUCGUAGCUCUAGUGUGGACCAUCGUGGUGAUGCUGCUGAGCAGGAAAUUUAACAGACUUCCUCACCUCUUUGCCUUAAAUCUCUUCCUGGCUCAGUUUUUGGUGUGUGUCAGUAUGAUCCUGUGGAACGUCUUGGUGAAACAAGACGACAAUCUGCUCGGCAAGAUUCUCACCUUCACUCUGCUCUAUGGGUCUCUGUACAGCACCUACAUUUGGACGGGUUUAAUCCCUCUGUGUCUGGCUCUGACUAACAGAGAUGAUCUGCUGAGACUCCGACCGGGAGUAUUCAUGAUUUUGGGUUGGGGGGUUCCCUUCCUGACGGUCGGAGGUCUUCUGAUAUCAGGAGAGAGGACUGAUACCAUAGAUUCUGCCUUCUUCUACGGCAGAGCUCAGAUCAUCAGCACAGCAGUGGUGCUUGCAGUCAGCCUGGUGCUCGGUGCGAUAUCUCUGAUGGGUCUCAGCCAGGGGGACAGGGAGCAGAGCGGCUACCAGGCCCUGAACAGAGCUGCUGUGAUGGGCAUCAGUGACGAGCUGAGGACCCCUGGUGGCCUGGAGGAACAACAACAACAGCCACAGAUGGCAAAUUCACCUGCCGGCAGCAUCAACUCAGACCUCCACAGCUUCUCUCCUCUCCAGCCGAUACCUGACAUGAUAGCCAGCACGCAGAGGGAGCACACCAACAGCACAGGCCACAGUGGGGCGCUGUGUGAUGGGCGGCGGCGGCAGCAGCAGCAGCAGCAGCAGCAGGGUUCUUCCUCGUCUGAGCAGCCGCUGAACUUGCCGCCACCCGGGCUUCAGCCCACCGAUGAUAAACAGACAGUCAGACACGUUCUGCUCUGUCUGCUGCUCUUUGUCAGCCUGCUGGCGAACCUGUCCAGCUGUCUGUGGUGGCUGUUCAACAAGGACCCAGGAAGACUUUACCUCGAGCUGCAGUUCUUCUGUGCCGUGGCCAACUAUGGACAGGGUUUCCUGUCCUUUGGGAUCUUUGGUCUGGACAGACACCUCAUCAUCCUGCCCUUCAAGAAGAGGUUGCUCUGGCUGUGGCAGGGCAGGGACGGUGAGGACGUGAGUCCCUCAGGUGUACCAGAGGAGGUCAGACUCACCUGCACCCAGUUCGUCCGCUACCACAAAGACCAGUGUGUACAGGACAUAGUGCACACGCGCAGGUUCGGAGGAGAAGGAGGACUAGAGGAGGAGAACGGGGCCUUGGGACAUCCCCUCUCCUACGAGCCCCGGUACCUACACCCGCAUCAGGAGCGACUAAACCACGAGCCGCACAAUCUGCGCCAGAUUCACCGAUCUCCUGAUCCGGAUGAGUCCCCCGGUCGGUGUUGGCUUCCAUCCCGACCCCGGCUGGAGCCUGACAAUGAAAACCAAGCACAUAUUUCCCACCAUGACUCCCCAGAUGAGCAGAUUCCCCAGCUGCAGCCUGACCAAGCUCAUGACCCAACUACUCCUCACCAGCGUGGUCCUGCUUCGACCCCACCCCAUCCCCAUCAACACCACCGGCCCCGUUUUGAAAGUGUGUUUCUGGGCAGUGACUUGGUGGACUGGCUGGUUGAGCGAGGCCUGUGCGCUGGGCGAGCCGAGGCCCGACUGUACGGCGUUCGCCUCCAGCAGGGAGGAGUGUUGGAUCACCAGACGGGUCGGCACAGCUUCAAGGAGGAACCAUCGCUGCUGUACCACUUCACAUGGGGGAGAGAGGGGGAGUGGUCCCAGAUCAUGUGAGAGGAAGGGAGGCGGAGGAGGUGGUACAUUCUGGAGGUGGGUUUGCUUUGAGUGACCAGCUAUUCAUGGUCUGUAGCCGCUCGCAUGUCCGCUCCGGCUUCACGCUGUCGCCAAAAUUCCAGCUGAUGAGAGGCUUCAUUUGCAGUUCCUUGGAAAAUACAAAACCGGUGACAUGAGAGCUGUGACGCACAUGAAAGUACAAAGUGAUGCUCGGGGUCGUGGAGACGAGGAAGAGGCGGAAACAAGCGCUCCCUGCUGGUACUUCUCCUGGUUCCCGACCACGUCUUUUAACCUUUUGGUUGAAAUGUUCUCCUCACCUGAGCCGGCUUUGAUCAUUAGCUUCUUGACUUUAGUCACCUGGAGAUGUAAAUCUUGAUUUGUUUUUUUCCUGUGUGCCAACUUAACAUUUUCAAGUUUCCAUCCAUCAGCCUUCCAUCCUCGCAUAUCGUGUUAUUUAUGUGACCAGAGCAGCGCGGUAAACUGAUGGUACUGUCUGUGUUGCUCUUAGCCAAUGAGCUGCAGGGCUGCUCACUGAGAGCCAAUGGCGUUCUCGGCUGCUCGCUAUGUUUCCCUUCAGACAUGAGAUCAUCUGGGACCUUCCUGUUAUUUCACUAUUUGAUAUUUUGCACGUUGCGUCUUUGAACCGCUCUGGUCUACGUUGACUACUUGCAUGACACCGAGCAGCUCAGACUUCUGCUCAGCACUGAACCUCCUGCACUGACUGUUUCUUUUUUAAAAUUAUGCAACUCACUGGACUCGCUCGUCUUGUGACGAUGCUGUGGAAGAUGUUUGUUAUCUUUACAUUGUUUGAUUGUGUUGGAACGUUUGUUUUGGACUGAUUGUGGUCUUCACCACUAAAUGGUUUUGGGGGAUUUAAACAUAUGCCUGUCCUGUUCAUAAACUGAUGAAAUUAAGUUUAUUAAAACCUCAAGUGUGUAGUUAAAGUAAUACUUCACCCUUAAAA